AUGUCGCCGAUGUCGGGACUGAACUGGAUCUCCCUUUCCAACCCUCGACUUCUAAGAACUUGCCACCGAUCUUUUCACAUCUCAUCUACUAGAAGCUAUCGAAAUGCACAGUAUCGACGCUCAGAUUAUGAUGGCCAAGGUUGGACUUCAUCGUAUGAACCUGGUGUCCCAACAAAGGGCCCUCUAUCUCAAGCUUCUAAACAUGGGGUUCCAUCUCUCACACCCUUAUCACUGAAAAAUCAUCUGGAUAAAUUUGUUGUCGGACAAGAUAGGGCGAAGAAAGUCACUUGUGUGGCUAUUUAUAAUCAUUAUCAACGAAUUCGAGAAUUAAAGAGGCAGGAAGCUGAGGAGCAGGAAAGAAGGGAUCAGUAUAGCAGGAGACACUUAUAUGAAAGGGAACGUAAUAGUCAUCCAGUUGACAAUGAAUACGUUGGUCACGCCAUUCAAACCGCCGACCUAAAUGCUCCAUAUCGUGAACAAGAGUAUGAUGAAGAACCUGAAUUGGGUUCUAGACCACUAGAAGAUCCCUCACAAAACCGGACCAUCAUCGAGAAGUCAAAUCUCAUGUUAUUAGGACCUUCUGGUGUUGGGAAGACCUACAUACUCCAAACCCUCGCCCGUGUUCUUGAAGUUCCCUUUGCAACGGUCGAUUGUUCAUCUUUAACUCAAGCUGGCUACAUCGGUACCGACAUUGAAUCUUCCAUUGAACGCUUACUCCUCGCUUCCUCCCAUUCCGUUCAGAAAUGUGAAACUGGCAUAAUCUUCUUUGACGAAAUCGACAAACUCGCCAAACCAGCUGUCAUGACCCAUGGCCGUGAUGUAUCAGGUGAAGGAGUUCAACAGGGUCUUCUCAAGAUGAUUGAAGGAACUAACGUCACUAUCAACGCCAAAUCUGAUAAAAAUGCGUCCAACUCAAGUCGAGGAAUUGAUCGUGGAGGACGUGAAACAAGUCCCCCAAGUAAAAGCGAACAAUAUACAAUUGAUACGUCAAACAUCUUGUUUGUAUUUGCCGGUGCUUUCAUCGGACUCGAAAAGAUAAUAUCUCAACGUCUAUCCACUGGUUCCUCCAUCGGGUUUAAUUCCUCUCUCUCAUCCUUCUUCUCGGCCAUCCCAACAAAAGAACCAGAAAAAGACAUCCUCGUCCACACCACCCCCACCGAUCUUCAAAACUACGGUCUCAUCCCCGAACUCCUCGGCCGCAUCCCCAUAACCACUUCUCUCUCCCCACUCUCCCUCCCCCAACUAGUAUCCAUCCUCACCGAACCACGAAAUUCAUUAGUGAAACAAUAUACCGCUCUAUUCGAAACAUACGGUCCUCACGGGAUUAUCCUACGAUUUACAAAAUUGGCACUCGAAGCUAUCGCAUCGAGAGCUCUCUACGGUUCUUCAUCUGGAGACACUCAAGAAAGCAAGGGUAAAGGAGAAAAAGCAGGUAUCGGAGCAAGAGGUCUCCGCUCGGUUAUGGAAAGUGUCCUUCAGGAAAUCAUGUUCAUAGGCCCCUCAUCACCUAAUAUCCGCUACGUACUCGUGGACGAAGCAUUUAUUAAAGGUAUCGAUACGGAAUCUUCUCAAUAUCCUACUCCCGCCUCUUUUUCUUCUUCCAAAUCUACAUCCAUAUCUUCCUCGAAUAUAGAAAACUCAAUCAGCAGAGAAGCAAUAGAUGGGAAUGGUGAAACACGACUCCCUCGCUGUUUCUCCCGCAAUCAACGUAAUAUUUUUGAAGAAGCACUAGAGCAGGAAGAAGAGGUGUGGAAACAGCGUAAAGGGAUCGUGGAAGCCAAGGAUAAGAAAAAGAGAAAUGGGAGUGGAAGAGGAAGUGAUAAAUCGAUGGAAAGUUUUCAGGAAUAUAGGGUUGUGGUUGAGAGUGGAAUGUGA